AUAAUCGAUAAAAACCGUCCGAUCAUAUAAAUCCGCUUUACCAUCGUUGCCUAUAAAUUAAUAUCAAUAGCCGUACACGCGUGAAGACUGACAAUAUUAUCUUUUUCGAAUUCGGAGCUCAAGUUUGAAAUUCGGAGAAGCUAGAGAGUUUUCUGAGGUGGUACGAAAUUAGGCGAGAUUAGUUUCUAUUCUUGGCCAUUAUCUUGUUUCUUCGCCGAAUGAUCUUCCGGAUAAAGAUUUUAGGUUAGAGAUGAAUCGUAUAGCUAGAUUUCAUCACCAGAUAGUUUCUUUGUCUAGAAUCUCUGAAAUUCUCGAUAGUUUUCACAUGUGUAAAUAGAUUGUUCUUAUUCGGCGAUUGUUGAUUAGGGUUUUGAUUUUCUUGAUUAUGCGAUUGCAAUUAGGGAUUUUCUUUGGUUUUGUGUUGAUCUUACGAUACAUUCCGGCAAUUGAAUACGUAUGGAUCUAAAUCUUGUUAAUUUGUUGAACAGAUGGCUCGUACUAAGCAAACAGCUCGUAAGUCUACUGGAGGAAAGGCUCCUAGGAAGCAGCUUGCUACAAAGGCUGCACGUAAGUCUGCACCAACCACUGGAGGAGUCAAGAAGCCCCAUCGUUACCGUCCAGGAACUGUUGCACUACGUGAAAUUCGUAAGUACCAGAAGAGUACCGAGUUGCUGAUCAGGAAGCUCCCUUUCCAGAGGCUAGUUCGUGAGAUUGCCCAGGAUUUCAAGACUGACUUGCGUUUCCAGAGCCAUGCUGUGCUUGCACUCCAGGAGGCUGCUGAAGCAUACCUUGUGGGUCUCUUUGAGGACACUAACCUCUGCGCCAUCCAUGCCAAGCGUGUGACCAUAAUGCCCAAAGACAUUCAGCUCGCUCGCAGGAUCAGAGGAGAACGUGCUUAAUUGUGAUUGGGAAGUAGUUGGAUUAUGUGAAUGUGGGUGGUUUUCUAAAUAGAUAGUUGGAAUUAGAUAAUGGCUUAAAAAGCUUUUGGGUGUAGGAGACUUGGAAACAAUGGUGUUUUUUUUUUCUUUUCUUUCUGUUUCUUGUCUAGUCGGUUUAUGAUUUGCUUGUGUUCUUCUUAGCUACGUUUUGUGGUGUGUAUUGCUUUCUUCUUUGGCAAUGUUGAACACCUUUUGUUGUUGAAUUCAUCUCUGAAACAUAUGAAUAUGUUAAAGUUUCUGACUCUUGUUUCAUCUGUAUCUGUUCGAUAUUGUAUGAUUGAGUUUUAUUGUUUAUCAAUAAGCUUUCUGUUUCAAAGUUCUUUUCAAUAUCAACAACUUUUACGUUCACGA